AUGCGGACCCUGGCCUGGCUGGGCAUCGCCAGCCUGUGUCUGGGGACAGCUUGGGCUGUCCCAGCCAAGGAGGAGAGGAGGAAGGCGGAGAAGCCAAAAGCUGACUUUGCACUCUACGAAAACCUGGACCUGGACAACUACGACCUGACUUUGGACAACUACGGUGAGAUCCUUGACCUGAGCAACUACGAGGAGCUCUACGAGUACAACGACUUUGCUCCGAAGAUUGAGGUUGGCACCCUGGCUCCUCGCCCCAAGGACCCCGCACCCCUCCCAGACCUGGGCACUGCAGCUGAAACCCCGAAGCCACAACCUCCGACCGCUGCCGGCCCCAUCCAUCCAGCACCCAUCCCCGCGCAGGGUCCUCCCAGCUGCCUGCUCUGCCUCUGCAUCGGCACCUCCGUCUACUGCGACGAUGCCGACCUUGAGCACAUCCCACUGCUGCCACCGGAGACCACCUACCUCUACGCCCGCUUCAACCGCAUCGGUGCCAUCCAGGCUGGUGAUUUCAUGGGGCUGAAGAAGCUGAAGCGAAUAGACCUGACCAGCAAUUUCAUCUCCCGGGCAGACGCGGAUGCUUUCCGCCUGCUCCCCAGCCUGCAGGAGCUCAUCCUGCCCGAGAACAGGCUGACAGCGCUGCCCGAGCUGCCCCGCAGCAUCGUCCGGCUGGACGCUCGUCUGGGGAUGGUGCAAAGGGCCGGUGUGGGGUUCAUCUCUCCCCUCUUCCCGCAGGACCUGAAGCAGCUGCAGUUUCUCCAUCUGUCCGAUAACCAGCUGGAUUACAUCCCAGCGCCCCUGCCCCAGAGCCUGCGCUCCCUGCACCUCCAGAACAACAACAUCCAGACCAUGCAGGAGGACACGUUCUGCGACAGCCAUGACCACAGCCAGGUCCGCAGGGCGCUGGAGGACAUCCGCCUGGACGGCAACCCCAUCAACCUCAGCCUCUUCCCCAACGCCUACUUCUGCCUGCCCCGCCUGCCCACGGGACGCUUCUUCUGA